AUGUUUUAUACUGUUUUAUUUGUAAUUUUACUCGCAAAUUCAGCCAUGACAAAACCACGUUAUGCAGACUUAAGCGAAGACGAACAAGAGCUAUUUAGAGCUGCAUACGACACUCCCUCCUAUGAUCAAAAUGAACUUGAGGAAGAAGAUGACAUGCACCUCGGCAAGUUGGAUCUUCUUAAAGACGGCCUAUGGGCUGUUAAGGCGAAAUUAAAGGAGUUAAAAGCUUUUAACAAAGCUUUGGCUGCAAAUCUACUUUCAACUAAGCUCAAAGUGAAGGAACUACUUGCUAAUCAAAUGCGUUUAAAGAACCACCACCACGAUGUGCCUGAAAAUAAAUAUCCUGUUCACAAUUAUCAGCCUCAACCUUAUCCAUCGUACGAAGCCCAAGUGCCGCAGUAUGGUGCACCCCAAUAUGGUCACGAUCCCUACUAUGGACAC